AGAUGUGGUGGCUUAUUGCAACAGUUUGCCUCAUACAAACAAGUGGAAGUUCACAAGAAUCAAUCAGGACAAAAAGAGAUGUGAAUCCUGAAGCCCAUAUGAAUGUUAGUCAGAUGAUUGUCUACAGAGGAUACCCCAGUGAAGAGUAUGAAGUCUUGACAGAAGAUAAUUAUUAUUUGACAAUAAACAGAAUUCCCCAUGGAAGGAGGCAUCUUACAGUCAAAGGUUCAAAGCCUGUUGCUUUUCUGCAGCAUGGACUGUUUGGGGAAGCUAGCCACUGGGUUCUAAAUAUGGCCAACAACAGCCUUGGUUUCAUCUUAGCGGAUGCUGGAUAUGAUGUUUGGCUGGGAAACAACAGAGGAACAAGCUGGUCUCGGAAACAUCAGAAUCUGUCAGCUGAUGAGGAAAAAUAUUGGGAUUUCAGUUUUCAUGAAAUGGGCAUCUAUGAUCUUCCAGCAAUGAUCAAUUUUGUUUUGAAGAAAACUCAACAGGAACAACUGUAUUAUGUUGGCCAUUCCCAAGGAUGCACUAUUGGUCUCAUAGCAUUUUCAGCCAUUCCAGAGCUGUCUCGAAAAAUCAAAAUGUUUUUUGCCUUGGCUCCUGUGAUUACUACGAAGUAUGCUAGAAGUCCUACACUGAAAAUUUUAUCCUUUCUUCCUAAUUACUCAUACAAGGAUAUGCCUGCCAGCAGAGACUUUAUACUGUCACGCAAGCCUGUGAAAGACAUGAUCACCAAGUUAUGCAGCAAUGUACUGUCAAAGAAAUUAUGCGGAAAUCUCCUUUUAUUUUCAGGUGGAUACAAUGCAAGCAAUCUCAACAUGAGCCGAAUAGAUGUGUUUGCAGCUCACUAUCCUGAUGGAUCAUCAGUAAAAAACAUUUUACAUUGGAAACAGACCACAAACUCAGGACUAUUCCGACAUUUUGACUAUGGGAGUUACAAUCUGAUGAUAUAUAACCAGAGCUAUCCUCCUUCAUACAAAGUAGAAGACAUGCUCGUGCCAACUGCAGUAUGGUCUGGUGGAAAUGACUUGAUUGCCAGUAUAGAAGAUACAGCAGUUUUACUUUCACGCAUUACUAACUUGGUUUACCAACAACAAUUAUCUGUCUGGAACCACUGGGAUUUCAUCUGGGGUCUCAGUUCUCCAAAACAUAUAUACUGCAAAAUCCUUCAGUUGAUGAGGAAGGCUCAAUAAAUAAAUAUUUUGUCAUAGCAGGUUUAAUUGGCGAGCUAGUGUGGUAUAAUGGUUUGACAUUGGACUACGAUUUGGGACACUGAGAUUUGAAUCCUUGCUCUAUCCUCUCCUUUCUGCUACUACAUUUUCCUUAAUUGCAACUCAUCCAGAAAAAAUGAGUGACCACUAAUGUUGAAAAUGUGCUUCACCCUUUGCUUUAAAAUAGAGCUAUCAGUAAAAUAGUUUAAUGCUUUAGAAGAAAGAAUUGGCAAAAUUGCCUCUUGCGUAUUCCACAUCUUAGAGAAAUCCUCUGAAAUUCAUGGGAUUGCCAUAAAUUGACAGGUAACCUGAAGGCACAUAUACACACAGCUAUAGAUUGUUUUUAACUUAAAAAUUUACAUACAAAAAUAUUUCUCAUUCAGUUUGUUUGGUGAAAGUCAGAAGUAAAUUCCAUUUCUCCUCCAAGAGAAAAAGGGAUAAAUAUGUUUCUCAAAUUUCAUAAUCUUAAAGAUAAGCAUGUGAGUUAUUACAUUGAUAGCAGAGGAAAUCAGAUUUUAAGUAAAGUAUACACUGAAUUGCUUUACUGGAUUGUUGCUCAAAUGUAAAGGGGCAGGCAUUUCAUUAACUGAGGUGAAAGCUUUUUGGGAAACAGAUGUGAAAUUAUCUUGUGUGGGACAAAACACGUUGGAAGUCUUAGUGUUUAAAAGCAACCUGGCCUGCUUUUUGUUGUUAUUGCUGCUGCUAAAUAGAUUAUUAGCACUGUUACAUUGCAAACCUUCUGCUUGGACGUUCAUAACUGUGGUUCGGUAUUCUACAGUAGAAUUAACUGAAUACAAAUAAUAAAGCUUUGAGUUACUUUC